AUGACGACGUCCAAAAAGAAAACACCUGACUGUAGCAGAAACAUUAGGCUGUUAGAAUAUUAUGAAAAAGAAAAUGCGAGCUCGCGUGCUCUCUCAGAUAAAUUUUUAAUAGGGAGAACUCAAGCCACCGGUUUAAUAAAGAAUAAAGAUACUGUAUUAAAAUUAUGGAAAUCCAAAGGUAAUGAUGAAAUGAAAACUAAAAAACGUCGUAAAACCAAAUCAAUUAAUAAUAAUAUCAAUAAUGUUGUGUACGAAUGGUUUUUGCAAAUUAUUGUGUGUGUAUUUGGUUUUUUUAUGCACUCUAUAUAG